AUGUCGGCGCCCGCCUUGGACUCGGCGGCGGUGGAAAGUUUCCUCGACAGCCACCCGGAGCUGGUGGAGAAGUGGCUGCGCAGGAGGAGGAACGGCCAAGCGGCCGUCGGGGCGGCGGAGAUGCAAGACAGCAAUGGCAGCGGCGACAGCAGCAGCAACAGCAACAGCUGCCCUUUCUCCCCGGAGCCGCCGCCGCCCGUCGGGGGGCUGCAGCGGCGGGCCUCGCAGAAGGAGCUGCGCCAGAGCUUCGCGCGCUCCAAGGCGAUCCACGUGAACCUGACCUACGACGAGCAGGUGCACGCGCGGGCGCAGGAGCCGCUGAGCAGCGCCCGCCGGAGGGCGCUGUUGCGCAAGGCCAGCUCGCUGCCGCCCACCACGGGCCACCUCCUAAGCGCCCUGCUGGAGUCGCGCGUCCGCCUGCCCCGCUGCCCGCCCACGGGCCUGGCCCACAAGCGCCGCCUCAGGGAGCACAACGAGCGGCAGUUCUUCCUCGAGCUCGUCAAGGACAUCUCCAACGACCUGGACCUGGGCGCGCUCAGCUACAAGAUCCUCAUCUUCGUCUGCCUCAUGGUGGACGCCGACCGCGGCUCCCUCUUCCUGGUCGACGGCGGCGGCUGCAAGAAGAGCCUCGUCUCCAAGGUCUUCGACGUGCACGCCGGCACCCCCUUGCUGCCCUGCUGCAACUCCGACGACUCCAACGAGGUGCAGGUGCCCUGGGGCAAAGGCAUCCUGGGCUACGUGGCCCAGCACGGGGAGACCGUCAACAUCCCCGACGCCUACCAGGACCGCCGCUUUAAUGAUGAAAUCGACAAACUGACUGGAUACAAGACCAAGUCCUUGCUGUGUAUGCCAAUAAGAAAUCACGAGGGUGAGAUUAUUGGGGUUGCCCAAGCGAUAAAUAAAAUUCCAGGAGGAGGGCCUUUCACUGAUGAUGAUGAAAAAGUAAUGGAAAUGUAUCUUCCAUUCUGUGGGAUUGCCAUCUCUAAUGCUCAGCUGUUCGCUGCUUCCAGGAAGGAGUAUGAUAGAAGCAGGGCCUUGCUCGAGGUGGUUAAUGAUCUCUUUGAGGAACAGACAGACUUAGAGAAAAUUGUGAAGAAAAUUAUGCACCGAGCCCAAACUCUACUGAAGUGUGAACGUUGCUCAGUAUUGCUUCUUGAGGACAUUGAAUCUCCGGUGGUGAAAUUUACCAAAUCGUUUGAGCUGAUGUCUCCAAAGUGCAGUGCAGAUACUGAGAACAGUUUGAAAGACAGCAUGGAGAAACCAACAUCAUCUUAUUCCGACUGGCUAGUAAAUAAUAGCAUUGCUGAACUCGUAGCUUCCACGGGCCUCCCAGUGAACAUCAGUGAUGCAUGUCAAGAUCCUCGCUUUGAUGCAGAAGCUGACCAAAUUUCUGGAUUUCAUAUCAGAUCUGUUCUCUGUGUCCCUAUUUGGAACAGCAACCACCAAAUAAUUGGGGUCGCUCAAGUGUUGAACAGACUCGAUGGGAAACCUUUUGAUGAUGCUGACCAGAGACUCUUUGAAGCGUUUGUUAUUUUUUGCGGCCUGGGCAUCAACAAUACCAUAAUGUAUGACCAAGUGAAUAAAUCCUGGGCAAAGCAGUCUGUGGCUCUUGAUGUGCUGUCUUACCAUGCAACGUGUUCGAAGGCAGAAGUCGACAGAUUCAAGACAGCAAGCAUCCCACUUGUGUCAGAGCUUGGCAUAGACGACGUCCAUUUUGAUGACUUCUCCCUCGAUGCCGAUACCAUGAUAACCGCAGCCCUACGGAUGUUCAUGGAGCUGGGAAUGGUUCAGAAAUUUAAAAUUGACUAUGAGACUUUGUGUAGAUGGCUUUUGACAGUUAGGAAGAAUUACCGAAUGGUUCUGUAUCACAACUGGAGGCAUGCUUUCAAUGUGUGCCAGCUAAUGUUUGCAAUGUUAACGACAGCGGGAUUUCAGGAGAUCCUGACAGAAAUUGAAAUUUUAGCUUUGAUUGUGGGGUGUUUGUGCCACGACCUUGACCACAGAGGGACCAACAAUGCCUUUCAAGCCAAGAGCGGGUCUGCUUUGGCUCAACUGUACGGAACAUCCGCUACCCUGGAACACCAUCAUUUUAACCAUGCUGUCAUGAUUCUUCAAAGUGAGGGUCACAACAUCUUUGCUAACUUGUCCUCCAAGGACUACAGUGACCUUAUGCAGCUUCUGAAGAAGUCAAUAUUGGCAACUGACCUCACUCUCUAUUUUGAGAAGAGGAACGACUUUUUUGAACUUGUCAGCAAAGGUGACUACAACUGGAGUGUCAAUGGCCAGCGAGAAAUAUUCCGAUCGAUGCUAAUGACAGCUUGUGACCUUGGAGCUGCGACCAAACCGUGGGAGAUUUCAAGACAGGCUGCUGAACUGGUAACAAACGAGUUCUUUGAACAAGGAGACAGAGAGAGAUCAGAGCUCAAACUCACACCUUCUGCUAUUUUUGAUCGGAACAGGAAAGAUGAACUGCCUCGAUUGCAGCUGGAGUGGAUUGAUAGCAUCUGCAUGCCUCUCUAUCAGACUUUAGUGAAAGUGAACAGCAAACUGAAGCCCAUGCUAGACUCGGUGGUGGCCAAUAGAAGUAAGUGGGAGGAACUGCACCGAAAAAGACCGCUCUCUCAGGCGACCACGAGGACAACAUCUCCUUCUUCCAACUUUGCCGCAUCUCUGGAGGACGUGAAUUAAAGCCUGCCAGUAAUUUGCUGCUGCUGAAACAAGAAGUGACUGAAAGGCUGGUUAAAGUUAGUCACGUUAGAGGGGGUUUCGUUUGCUUUAGCAAAAUGCUAUCACGGAGAUGCUUUAAUUUGAAUGAAAAAAAUGACUCGGCUGGCCUCGGUUUAGCUAUCUGCAGGACCCUUGCUGGGUCCAAAGGGAGGCUGUGCAAUAGAUUGCAUUGCGCGUUCGCAUCUGCAGUCCCUGGAAAGACUUGGUGCAGUCUGCAUUUGGUCGGCGCCACCAUAUUUCAGCCGCAGCUGUGAAAGGGGAAGGCAUGACCGCAGCGCUGAUCUGGGACUGGCAAAAGAGCAGCUUGCAGCUUAGUGAAAGUUGGGAAAGAUUUUUUUAAAAGAUUAAGCAUCUGGAAGGGGAUUCCGGAAUAGCGUGCAGCGACAACUUGGGUUUGCACCACUCCGGUUUUGUGAUGUAUAGCUACUUACCCUUUCCUCCACUUCUUUUACUAUGCUUGAAUGUUCCAAGAAGCCUGCUUUGUAUUCUAUAGAAGCUUGAUUUUUUUAACAACAAAGCUCCGUAUGAUUGAUCAGGGCUUUUAGAAUUGCCUACCUUUGCUACAUUUAAAGGGGGGGGGGGUUAGGAGGAACUUUAUUACAUUUAAAUAACCAACCUGUUAUAGCUUUUCCUUAAGAAUUUCAUAUUGGCAACGCAAUUGAAUUGCUCUGCGGGCGGAAGCUUAUUUAAAGGUGAAAAUUUCUGCAUGGUAAUUUAAGGGGAUUUUUUCCUGGUUUUGUUUGAAACACUCGUUUUAAAGCAGCUUUGCACCCCUAAGAAAAGAAGAACAAAUGGUAUUCCAUGAAAACUGCAUAAUAAAAAUGACAUUUGCUGCCUUCAGGUAAA